AUACCAACAUUUACUUCAAGCACCAACUACCAGAAACCCCUUUUAAUUCACCAUUCAAUGAGGAAUUCACAAAACAGCCGCUCUCCUUUAUUACCUGCGCGUUGGUGGCAGCAGAGUAAAGUAAGGAUCACCCUCUCUCUCUUCUCUUAAAUAUCACAAUUCAAUAACCCGACCGAGCGUGAUGUGUUGAUUGUUCAUCUCAUCUCUUAACAAAUAAGUCGAUGGCUCGAUACUAAUUCAUGUGAAGGCAAUGUAGCAUAUUUUGAAGAUUAGUCACUAUUUUCGGCGGUAGAUAUCUUGUCUCAACAAAAUAAAAAAACAGCCCCUAUUAAAUUCUCUUCACCCACCUCUUCAUUUUGAGAACCCAAUUCUUCAAAAACCUUACCUUUCUUCUUCCUAGCAUGUGAGCAUGACUCUGAGUUCAUUCACUCCAAUGGAAAAGAUGAGUUGCAUUCUAGCAAUGUAUCUCCUCUUCUUGAGUAUAACCUUAUCAGCAAAUGCUCAAUUUCUCAAGAAGACUUACAUCAUUCAAAUGGACAACUCAGCAAUGCCAGCAGGUACCUUCUCUACUCACCUUGAAUGGUAUUCAUCAAAAGUGAAAUCAGUGCUGUCCAAAUCACUAGAAUCUGAGACAAUUUCCAGUGAAGAAGAAGAAGAGAGAAUCAUUUACAGUUACCACACUGCUUUCCAUGGUGUGGCUGCAAAACUGACCCCAGAAGAAGCUCAGAAGCUAGAGUCACAAGAAGGUGUUGUGGCCAUUUUCCCAGAGACAAGGUACCAGCUACACACCACAAGAAGCCCAACUUUCCUUGGGCUUGAAAAAAUGCAAAGCACUGAAAUCUGGUCAGAAAAGCUUUCCAACCAUGAUGUUGUGGUGGGAGUGUUGGACACUGGGAUCUGGCCAGAGAGUCAGAGCUUCAAUGACACAGGUUUCAAACCAGUACCUUCUCACUGGAAAGGUGCAUGUGAGACAGGAAGAGGAUUCAGAAAACACCACUGCAAUAACAAGAUUGUAGGGGCAAGAAUCUUCUACCAUGGAUAUGAAGCAGCAUCAGGUAGAAUUGAUGAGAAAUCAGAAUACAAAUCACCAAGGGACCAAGAUGGGCAUGGAACUCACACUGCAGCAACAGUUGCUGGAUCCCCAGUGCAUGGUGCUAAUCUUCUUGGCUAUGCCCAUGGCACAGCAAGAGGAAUGGCACCAGGUGCAAGAAUUGCAGCUUACAAAGUUUGCUGGAGUGGUGGAUGCUUCAGCUCAGAUAUUCUCUCAGCUGUUGAUAGAGCAGUUGCUGAUGGUGUCAAUGUUCUUUCCAUCUCCUUAGGUGGUGGAGUUUCAUCUUACUACCAUGAUAGUUUAUCUGUAGGAGCAUUUGGAGCAAUGGAAAAAGGUGUUUUUGUUUCAUGUUCUGCUGGGAAUGCAGGGCCUGACCCUGUUAGUCUUACAAAUGUGUCACCUUGGAUCACCACAGUUGGAGCCAGCACAAUGGAUAGGGAUUUCCCAGCAGAAAUUCACCUGGGAAAUGGAAGAAAGUUCACUGGAACUUCACUCUACAAAGGAAGAACCAUGCUCUCAGUUAAGAAACAAUACCCUUUGGUCUACAUGGGGAGUAAUUCAAGCAGCCCUGACCCAAAUUCUUUGUGCUUGGAAGGUACUUUGGAUCGUCACAAAGUUGCAGGAAAAAUUGUGAUAUGUGACAGAGGAAUUAGCCCAAGGGUGCAAAAGGGUCAGGUGGUGAGAAAUGCAGGUGGUGUGGGAAUGAUUCUCACAAACACUGCAGUCAAUGGAGAAGAGCUUGUUGCUGAUUGUCACCUCCUUCCAGCAGUUGCAAUUGGAGAGAAAGAAGGUAAAGACCUCAAAAGCUAUGUGUUGAGGACUAGAAAAGCCACUGCAACUUUAUCAUUUCUUGAAACAAGAUUGGGAAUUAGACCAUCACCUGUUGUGGCAGCAUUUUCAUCAAGAGGGCCUAAUUUCCUUUCUCUUGAGAUUCUCAAACCUGAUAUGGUUGCUCCUGGUGUGAACAUUCUUGCUGCUUGGAGUGGUGCCAUAGGUCCUUCAAGUCUUCCAACAGAUCAUAGGAGGGUGAAGUUCAACAUCCUCUCAGGAACUUCAAUGUCAUGUCCUCAUGUUAGCGGCGUCGCUGCUUGGCUUAAAGCGAAGCAUCCGAAUUGGAGUCCUGCUGCUAUCAAAUCCGCGUUGAUGACAACAGCUUAUGUUCAUGACAACACCAUCAACCCUCUGAGGGAUGCAUCUAGUCCUGAACCUUCAACUCCUUAUGAUCAUGGUGCUGGACACAUUAAUCCAAAAAAAGCUCUUGAUCCAGGUUUUGUCUAUGAUAUUGCACCUCAGGAGUAUUUUGAUUUUCUCUGCAUACAGAAGCUAACUCCUUCACAAGUUCAAGUUUUUGCCAAACAUUCAAACAGAACUUGCAAGCACACUCUUGCAAGUGCAGGGGACUUGAACUACCCAGCUAUUUCAGUUGUGUUUCCUCAGAAAGCUUCCAUUUCAGUUUUGACUGUUCACAGAACCGCCACCAAUGUUGGACCUGCAGUAUCCAAAUACCAUGUCAAUGUUUCUCCAUUUAAAGGUGCUUCUGUCAAAGUUGAGCCAGACACAUUGAACUUCACUAGGAAAUAUCAGAAACUGGCUUACAAGGUUACCUUCACAGUGAAAACUCGGCAAAUAGAACCAGAAUUUGGAGGCCUGGUUUGGAAGGAUGGUGUGCACAAAGUGAGAAGCCCCAUUGUAAUAACAUAUCUGCCACCAAUGUGAACUUCAUCACUAGGAUUUCUACUUACUAGUUCAGCAGUUUUUACCUUUUUGCAAUAAGCAAAUUUUCUGUACUAUGUAGUGUGAAGUGAUGCAUUUUUAUAACAGGAAAUGCUUGAUUCUCAAAUAUUGUAGUUCUUGUUAUGCUUCA